AUGAACUAUUCAAAUUAUUUCCCUGGUAGUAAAGAGGAAUUAGAAGCCUUAAUAGAGCGCAAUAUAACCGAGUCUAUGAUCAUAAAUUAUAAAGGCAGCUUAUUCUUCGUUACAGAGUAUUUCCCUUCCCUGCCUCCCGUCCCAAUUCAAUUCAAAGACCUGGCAUUUUAUAUUGAAAAUAAUCCAUCAAAACCUUUUAUGUUGUUUCGUAGUAUCUUUAAUGAAGAGUAUGGGAAGCAUUCCAGAAAAGUUGUUUUGGAAGAAGUGAGCGGUUUAGCUUCUAGAUCGUGGAGAAAACUAUCUCCAAAUGAUAAGAAAAUAUUUAAAGAUUUUUCAGAAAAAAUAAAUAAAAAUAGAAUUGUCGUUGUUAGUAACAUAAGAUUCUAUUCUCCCAACACUGGUGAGGAAUUAGAAGCCUUAAUAGAGCGCAAUAUAACCGAGUCUAUGAUCAUAAAUUAUAAAGGCAGCUUAUUCUUCGUUACAGAGUAUUUCCCUUCCCUGCCUCCCGUCCCAAUUCAAUUCAAAGACCUGGCAUUUUAUAUUGAAAAUAAUCCAUCAAAACCUUUUAUGUUGUUUCGUAGUAUCUUUAAUGAAGAGUAUGGGAAGCAUUCCAGAAAAGUUGUUUUGGAAGAAGUGAGCGGUUUAGCUUCUAGAUCGUGGAGAAAACUAUCUCCAAAUGAUAAGAAAAUAUUUAAAGAUUUUUCAGAAAAAAUAAAUAAAAAUAGAAUUGUCGUUGUUAGUAACAUAAGAUUCUAUUCUCCCAACACUGGUGUACAAGUAAGCGAACGCACUGAAGAAGAUAUCAUCUUAAAAGUUUCGGAAGAGAAUGUUAUAAACUUACAAAGUCAAAAAAUAAAUGCUGUUUCUGGCCAAAGUUUAAAUAAUCCACUUGCCGAUUCUAAUUGA